AUGUCAAUCGAGAUUCUCCCACUGGCCGAGGCCGAUAUACCCGGUGCUGUAGAUUGCCUUCAGAGAGCCUUUUCCGAUGAUCCUUAUUUCCGCUGGGCAUUCGACGAUCCAUCCAAGUUCAACGUCCAACGGAAUGCAGCCUCACUCAGCGCCCAUUUCAAGUUCGGCCUCAGCUGCGGAUACCCGAUCUUCAUCGCGAAAGUAAGUCGCGCAACAGGCGACUACAAACCCGAUCGCGAAAUCAAGCUCCCACCAGGUUCGGUCGUGGGUAUAUGUUGGUGGUCUUCACCGGAACAGCCCCCAAUCCGACAAACUUGGUCCGUCUGGGCGAAUAGCUGGCUCCUCUCCUUCCGACAACUCAUGUACAACAUCCGAUUUGCGGGUCGUGGUGGAUUGAACGUACGCCGAUACUGGAUCUGGAAGGAAGAACAGCAAGAGGCUAAGGACGACCUGUGGGUUGACCCACGCGGAUACUAUUUCUGCAAUAUGCUAGGUGUUAGCUCGCAGGUCCGCGGCAUGGGAGUUGGGAAGCGACUUAUGGAUAUCGUCAUGCAAAAAGCUGACGAAGAAGGAAUCCCUUGCUACCUUGAGAGCUCCAAGGGAUUUCCCAAUGUCGCGAUUUAUGAGAAGAUGGGGUUCGAACUUACCCGGGAGAUCAGAUGUGUUGAUGGCGAGGAUAUUUGCAAGCUGUAUUGCAUGAUUCGCAAGCCUAAGACCAAGUCUUGA